GUUGGGUCGCGGUCUCCACCACGGCAGCAUUUCGCCCAACGGUCUCUUUACGCACCUAUCUCUCCCUCUCGUUUCCUACCCCCUUAUAGAUCUCUUGCCUACCCCUCUUGCAAUCUCCUCUCCCGACCCCUCGUCGUAUCCCACCUCUCCACCUGCCGGUGGACUUUCGCGAACGGUGCAUACACGACACUGGAUGCACGACACCCUCUGCCACCCUCCCCAUCCCUCUUUCUACCCUACGCCUGUACGUGAAGGUGUUCGCGCCGCGACGCGUUAGUAUGAGUGCGGUAUGAUGAAUGAACGGCAUUUUAGAGGGACGGAAGUAACGCGCGAAACCAUCUAGUCCUUUCGCACGAUCGUAAGUCACACACUGGCGUCACCGGAUCCUCGUGAAGAUGCAUCUCGCGUGAGAACUGUAACCGCCCACGUGGAAGUACUGGACCAGCUGUGCUGGAAGGAUUUAGUGGCGCGCCGGUUCUCUCUCUGUGUGAUUACGCGAGACUUGUCGCUCCGUCAUUCACAGUCCGUGACAGUUGAUAGGAAAGGUACAUUCGCUGCUUGUGAACACAGAUUUGUGAGAUGCUUCCUCUCGAUAAUGGACGAUACAUUCGAUGGUGUAACGACGAACAAGUGCACCGAGCGACUUUAAAGAUUAGACGCGGAAACGCGACUCGAUUCGACGAGUGCGGGACUGAUCGUUACAACGCGAUUGAUUUAUUAGGCAUGAAUGUUUUUUUAUUAUUUACCAAAUAUACAUGCGUGAAUAACAUGUUUCUUUACGUAUAGAAAACGCAUGUAAAACGAAUGUAAUAAAUCGUAAUAGAAACGGGCACGUGGUCGCUUUCGCGUGAUCGAUAUUUUGUGAAUAUCUCGUGAUGAAUACUGUGCAUAAAAAUAGUCAUUUUAAAAUUCCACUUUAUCGCGUUGGUGAAUAAUGUUUUUAUCUCAGAUGAAUAAUCUAAUCGUCUUAUGCAAAAUAUUGUCACUGACUGAUAGAAACAAUGUGAUCAUGUAAUAAGUGUUGCUACUGUUAUUAAUUGUGAGCAAAAUGGAAUUUUUUUUAUCGUCAACUAGGAAGAUAUAUCGCCUUUGUCAGAUUGUUGCAACUUCGAAGAAGCAAUUGCUGUGAAAUGUACCGAAAACGAUUUACUAUAAAAGCACUCGGAAUGGAUUUACAAUAUAAUGACAAUGGGGCCAGUUGGUACAAAUCUUUCAAAAUGAUCUGCGCUUUCUUUCUCUUCAUCCUGCUGCAUGAAGGCAUCGCGUACGAGUCACAUGUUUCCAUGGUGAAUACCUUCCAAGAACGCAUAACGCCGGAAAUUGGUCCAUACUUCGAUACCACAAUGUCCUCCAGCAUCACUGGCUUGGCCGGAGAUACUGUUGAACUGGGGUGCAGAGUAAAGAAUCUCGGAAAUAGAACGAUUUCGUGGAUAAGGCAUCGUGAUAUCCAUUUGCUGACAGUUGGUACUUACACUUACACGAGCGAUCAGCGUUUCGAGGCGAUGCAUAAUAAACUCCAUACAGAUGAAUGGAUCCUCAUAAUACGAUAUCCACAGCGAAAGGAUUCUGGUAUCUACGAGUGCCAAAUAUCUACCACUCCGCCCAUCGGUCAUCCUGUUCACCUCAUUAUAGUUGAGCCUGUAACAGAAAUAGCCGGCGGUCCAGAUCUGUUCAUCAACAAGGACAGUACGAUAAACUUAACAUGCUAUGUAAGAUACGCGCCCGAACCCCCGUCGACGAUAAUUUGGAGUCACAACGACCAGGCGAUUAACUUCGACUCACCGAGGGGUGGCAUCAGCCUGGUAACGGAAAAAGGGCCCGUGACUUCGAGCCGUUUACUCAUUCAGAAGGCGAUCGACAGAGACUCCGGCAUUUACACGUGCUCGCCCAAUAACACUCGUCCUAACAGCGUACGGGUCCACAUAGUCGAUGGUAACGGAAAAAUGCCAAUUUCGCUUAGAACGGGGACUACGUGCAAACAUCCCAACUCUUUUAAACUCUUUCUUAAAAGAACACCCAGCAGCGAUGCAUCACGGCAGCGGCGACAGAAUGGCCGCGACGUUGCUUCCGGUCGUCCUACUUCUUUGGAUGAUAUUCUAGCCGACGCUAUGCACUCCGGGUUGAAUGCGCGCGAACUUAAGCACGGUCGUCUAACUCCUACGAAACUAGCGGGCGGAGGGUCUGUUUCGCGGUUUUGUCUUCCGGAAUUCAGCUCGCUGCGACGCGCAUUCGACACAUCCGCCUUGCGAAAGUAACGCGAAUCUCACCCAUGGUUCGCGUCACGACGUCUCUCCCAUUACAUUGUUAGAGUGUCAGGUUGACGCAUCUACUAUACGAGAAAUUCAAUUGCUAUGUCGUCAUCUGGAAGACGCAAGAUGAAACGGAUAAUAUUAGGAUGAAUAUAUCAGUAAAUGAUAGAUCGAUGCGAUUACAAUCGCUGAAUAUAUAUUUCGUUUUAUGUGAUCGUGUAUAAAACGAUAUAAUUAUAUUUUUUGAAAAAUGAGGGCGAAAAUCUAGCUUAAUACCUAGAAGGUUAAGAUACAAAAAUUUAAAGAAAAAUAAUAUUUUCGAUUAGGAAAGAAAGUUGAAUUAUCCAACGAAAUUUCUUAAUUAUUCAUUGAAUCAUUCUUUCACCGAUUUUUCUAUCCCGUAAUCAACAGGCAAAAGUUACUUUACAACACUUCUUAACACGAUUAGUCGGUUUGCCGAAAUUGAAACUCUCGCGGUACUUUCAAGGCCGUUGUCAUUUUGCGAAAAAGAACAACGUCUAGAAUCUUACCACGCUAAGAAAACAAGUACGAAGUCUUUUUUUGGUCCGGCGACGAGUCGCAAGUCCGUUUCCAUCGUCUGGAAUCUUUCUCCUUACUUUGUAAAAUAAAAAUCGUCUACGAAAAAAAAACCCUUUUUGCAAAGGCGGAGAAUAGCCAUACUAAUAUAAUGCUUGACCUAAAAACGAACCAACAAACACAUUCCUGAAAUGAUACUUGCUAAGGAAGGAAACAACAAUGAGAAAAUUACACUAAUCCAAGGAAAUCCAAGUUGAACGCGAUAUUUUCCGAUAUUAAGCAAGACUAAAGAAAACCUCUCUUUGCGCGCUAUGUUUCACGAAUUUCGACAACUGAAAAAUAAAAACGAUUGGGAUAAUUAGAGGAACGUAACAUCAUCACGCAAAAUUGCGUGAUAAUACGCGAUGAGUUUAUUAAUGUAUCAAAUAGAAGGAACACACGCACUGCCAAACGCAAUAUGUCGGAGAUAUUUCAUUUAUAAUAAAAUUUAUCAUCGCGCGUCUACCAUUUCCACUUAACAGCCUUGAACACGAACGUCGCGUUUUCGUUAUUGCAGUUAUUCAAUUAUUGAAUGCACUCGGUAGCCUGAACGUUCCACCCGUUGCGACUGUCAACAAUGUCUCGGCUGCGACUAGUCUCGGAUAUAUAUCUCGACGUAAUCUUGUUAUCGGAUUAUUGAUUGUCGCGCAUGAGACGAGCUGGAGGCUUUUAUGCAAGCAGAAUAUUAUUAAUUAUAAAUACACACACAUCUAAAAAAGCUGCUAUGCUGCGUUAUGAUGGUGCUCUAAAAUUUGAAAUAUAUAAUAAGAUGUGAUAGAAAUGUAACGCAGGGAUGAAAACGCGUGAGUUAUUUCAACGAAGUUAAAACAUGAUAUAUACCAUCACCAUCACUUACGUGGAUAUGCGCGGAUAUCGGAAAUAUUUAUUGAGAAAAUAUUUAUUGAGAAAAUUCAAUUUUUUUUAAACUGCUGCUUUUAUUUAUUUCAAUUUCCUUUAACAAGCUCUUUCUCUCUUUCUCUCUCCUCUCUCUAGCUUAGUUUCAUAUUAUAUAAAAAAAUUAAUAAAUUUAAUAUUUUAUGGUCCUAAAUAUUACAACAUAACAAUUGUACUAUAUAAGUAUGUUACUUCAGAAGCUAGAAAAAACUGAACCUCGGAAUAUAAUCAAUAAGAGAGAGAACAAUUUAACACACGAUGUAUACUGCAUUAUAUGGCGAAUAGGCGCUGCGUUUGCGCCUUGUACACAUCAAACGAGAAAACUCAUUAAACUUCGGAAGUAAGGAUUGAGGCGGAAAGGGGCGCAGGAUUUUCAUGCAGAUACGUAAAUAUAACGGGCUUUUCCGGGCUCGCGGCGGCGCAACUUAUUUAUAAAAAGAGGGAAGGUUUAUUCGCCGAACUUAUAAUGCCCGACUUCGAGACGGAUUUUGUCCUUGUUAUGGUUAUCGGUAAAAACGUAUUGUUCAAAAGUGCAUUAGCUCUCGGAGAUUCGAACACGAUGCGCCGAGACGAUCCCGAGACUGUUCCGCUUUCCGCCCGUAAAGGGGACUGCAUCGUGUCUUGGCGUGAGUAUGGCAGUAUUAUUGCGCCGGAAAUGUACCUCGCUUUUUCAGGACCACUCGCGAGAACGCUGAAACGGUUUCGAUAUGCCCGAUCCUUGUCGCUAUUAGCGUCCAAGAUCUUUCUUCUGUCAAUGGGACCAUGUAAUCGGAACAGAUUUUGGUCCAAUCGCGAAUAAUUCACGUUAGCAAUUGACGCCGACGUGUAUACGAAACGGACGGUCCUAUAAUUGCUGUAUAUACUGAGUUAGAAAUGUAAUAUUAUAAGAAUGCAUCGGUGCCAGUCUUUUAUCUAACUUACAAUGACACCGAAAUUCGUGUAUUUCGAGGAUCUCACGUGCAAUGUGUGUAUAUGUUUUUUAUAGAUGCUGAUAUAUGUACGCGCCUAAAUAGAUAAGGAGAAAAAAUUGAAAAAGCGUAGAUUAAGUGUUACUUAUGACGUCUUUCUGGAUCGAAAUCUUUUUCAUAAAUCUGUACAUGUUCACCGACUUAACGGACAGCGUCGGAAAUUUUUAUUUGCGCACGCAUUUAAUAAAAGAAUGAGAAAAAUUGACUCUAAAGUACAGAAUGA